AUGAAGCCCGACAAAAAGUCCAGCAAAAAAAAGGGAGCCCCGGCUCCCGAGCGCAUCGCCGAUGCCCGAUUCAGCAGCUUCGAGACGGACCCGCGAUUCCGUCUGCCCUCAAAGAAGAAUGUGAAGACGAAGCUCGAUAAGCGAUUUGCGGGUAUGCUUGACGAUGAAGAUUUUACGUCUACUUCCCGCGUCGAUCGAUACGGCCGCAAGGUCAAAUCCGACACCAAGAAAAAGGCUUUGCAGCGCCUGUACGAGACUGAAGGCGACGACAAGGAUGAGGGAGAGGCAGGCAGCGAGCCCGGGAUCGAGGUCGACGAUGACGAUGUCGUCCAGCGAGAGCUUCGUGCCGUUCAUGAGCGCGACUUGCGCGCCAACUACGAUCCCGCUCGCGGCGGUGGUUUUUCCUCUUCAGAGGAUGAGUCCUCGUCUGGAGACGAAGAUUCAGACGACGACGAAGAUGGCGGUGCAGAGAUUGCCACCGAAGGUGACAUGCAGAGGCUCCAGGACGAGCAGGCCGAGGUCGAGGCCGGCGAGGUCUCGAAACGCAUAGCCAUUGUCAACCUCGACUGGGACCACGUCAGCUCCACGGACCUCUUUGCGCUCUUCACCAGCUUCAUCGGCGAGAGCUCCGGGCGCGUGACCAAGGUUUCUGUGUACCCCAGUGAGUUUGGUAAGGAGCGCAUGCAGCGAGAAGAGGUCGAGGGCCCGCCCAAGGAGCUCUUCAAGGAGAACAAGGACAACUCCGACAGCGACGAGGAGGCAGACUCCGACGACGAGGAUGAAAGAAUCAAGAAGAAGCUCAUUCAAGAGGGCGACGACCAAGAUUUCGACAGCGAUGCCCUGCGAAAGUAUCAGCUAGACCGACUACGAUAUUACUAUGCCGUCAUGGAGUGCUCAGACGAAAAGACUGCUCAGCAGAUCUACGAAGCCACUGACGGAACCGAAUACCAGUCUUCCUCCAACUUUCUCGACCUGCGCUUCGUGCCGGACGACGUCGAAUUCGACGACGAGCCUCGCGAUGAGUGCACGAAACUUUCCGACUCGUACAAGCCUGUGGAAUUUGUGACCUCGGCCCUGCAGAGCUCCAAGGUCAAGCUCACGUGGGAUCUGCACCCUGAAGAGGCAUCACGGAAAGAUUCAAUCAAGCGCGCUUUUACCGGUAGUCGGGCGGAUCUCGAGGAGAAUGACCUCCGCGCCUACCUCGCCAGUGAGACGGAAGGCUCUGACGAUGAAGACGGCAACCAAGUAGCCACCUUUGGCGGCGACGAUGACGGCAGCGAAGACAGUGAAGGAGAUGACGAGGCCGGUGAGGAUAAGCCCAAGCUUUCCAAAAAAGAGCAAGCACGCCAAAAGAUGCGCGCGGCGCUCGGUCUCGGCGCGGAGCCUGCGCCCAAGGCCGCCAAGGGCGGUCCUGUUGGCGAGAUGCAAAUCACAUUCACGCCCGCCCUUUCCGAAUCUGUGGCCAAGAAGCCCGCCGAGGACGAGGAGGAGACGACGAUUGAAAAGUACAAGCGCAAGGAGCGCGAGCGCAAAGAGCGCAAGCGUGAGGCGGCCCGCGCCCGUCGCGCCGCCGCCAACGGCGAGACCGCAGAAGACGACGACGCUGCUGCUGCUGCUGCUAGCAGCGACGAGGAAGAGGGCGGCGCAACCAUGACUUUCGGCGGCAACGACGACAAGGAGGAUCUCGGCUUCGACGACCCCUUCUUCACGUCGGAAACGACCGAGCAGGCCUCCAAGUCGUCCAUCCGCAAGGCCGAGCGCCUCAAGAAGCGCGAGGCCCGCCUGGCCGCCGAGGAGGCUGACGCGCAGGAGCGCGCGCACCUCGGCAAGGUCAUGGCGCAGGACGACGACGCUGGCGCCGCGGCCCACCUGGACCACUUUGACAUGAAGGAGAUUCUGCGCGCCGAGAAGCAGCAGCGCAAAAAGACCAAGGCCAAGGGCAAGAGCAAGAAAAAGGCCGAGGCGGCUGCUGCUGCUGCUGCUGCUGCAGAGGGCGCCAAGAGCGGCGGCGCGGCGCUGCAAAGGGGCUUCGAGAUGGACGUCGCGGAUCCCCGCUUCAGGGCCGUCUUUGACAGCCACGAGUACGCCAUCGACCCGACGAACCCCAAGUUCACGGGCUCCGAGGGCAUGAACAAGGUCCUGGAGGAGGGCCGCCGCAAGAGGCGCGCGGCGGACUGGGCGGUGCAGGGCGGCGGCGGCGGCGGCGGGGAGGAGACGAGGAAGAGCAAAAAGGCCAAGUCGAAGCGGUAA